UUUGGUCCGUAUCUUCAAAAUUACUUUCUGCUGUCUGAAAAUUAGUAGGGGCAGGAGCAAUCCUGUGGUUGAGCUCAUUAGCCGGAGCUGGAGUCUUCGUCGCGAAAGGGAGAGUAGUCUGAGAGUGAAUCGCAAGGGGUUCGAGAAGCAGUCGAUCCUCUCGUCGAUCUCGGCUUAAUGUCGUUCCUUUAGGUUACGUCCAUGUGAAUUCAAUCUAGUGGUUGUUGGUCCUAAUCAGAAGGAACGAGCAGAUGGGUGUUGAUUAAGUAAGAUUUGGCCAUUCAGUGCUAAGCCAGUAUGGAGUCAGAGAGAUUCCAUGGAAGUUGUUCUAGGAACACCAGCAACAACAGUGUCAGCCAGUUAAAGAUGGUUAGUCGCAGAGAGAUUCUUGCCAAGAAGAAAGCCAUUCAAGAACUAAUAAAAGCAGCAUAUUUUGUGAAAGACCAUAUUGCUUUUUUCCCCUCAUUCUGCCAUUAUGACAAAAACGGUCUCUCCGUGUAUUUGGAAUCUGGGCGUGGCGAUAAAUUGUCCAUUACUGUUAAGAACUACAUUCAAAAUCUUCUCAAGCAAAACAUGGAAGGACAUUAUGGCUCUGAGUGGCUAGUGGAAGAAAAGGUGAAGCGCAGAGAAACGGUUGCUCCGGAAGCACGUUACAUAUUUGUGCAUGAGGUUACCAACACAAAUUUUAAUGAGAAGACAGCGAUGUUAAUUGGGGAAAAAACUUCAACUAGCUUAGAAAAUAGUGGCCCCCUCGUUGGAUUUGUACAAUACAGAUUUAUUGUGGAAGAAGACAUACCAGUGCUCUAUGUGUAUGAACUGCAGCUUGAGCCUCGCAUCCAGGGGAAAGGACUGGGAAAGUUUUUAAUGCAAGUAAUCGAGCUUAUAGCCCACAAGAACUGCAUGGGUGCUGUCAUGCUAACCGUUCAGAAAAAGAACUUGUUUGCUAUGAAUUUCUAUAUAAAUAAGAUGAGAUAUAACAUAUCAACUAUGUCUCCAUCAAAGGUUAACCCAAUGAUAGGGAAGGAGAGUAGUUACGAAAUUCUUUGCAAAACAUUUAAUGAAGAAGCUAAAACUAAAUUGGAGGAUCCAGGAUGAAUUGAAGGAAGUUAUCAUGCUGUGCGUUAUAAUUUUUCAACAGCAUGAAUUAGUUGGAUGUACUUGUUCCCAUGGCCAUGAGAAUCUGUUGAAUUCUUUUAUGAUGCUUUCGUCGUCUACUUUUAAAACGCAGAGUUCUCUAAUAGUGAAGAACACAAGUUUGAUGGAAUUUAGUUCAAAGUUUUGUGAUGUUGAAGGAGUUUAACUCGGCUUCUCAGUAUGUAGUGCUAAAACUGAAAACUGUCAAUUUUGAAUGAAA